AUGUGCACCUUUGAGAAGCGCGGCCACAUCUUCAUCCUAACGCUCACCGGAACCACCAAAGCCGAUCAGGAGCACCGCCUCAACCCGCCGCUCAUCGCCUCCAUUCGCGCGUCCCUCGCCGAGGCCAGAUCCCAGGCCGCCGACGGAUCCGUACUCAUCACUCGAUCCGAGGGCCGAUUCUUUUCCAACGGCUUCGAUCUGCGCCACGCCCAGGCCGUCGGCGCCAGAUCCGGCUCCGCCGACGCCGCUAAGGCGGAGCUCCUCCGCAUGGUGAAUCUCUUCCGCGGCGUCGUCGCCGAUCUCAUCUCUCUCCCGAUGCCGACCAUCGCCGCUGUCCCCGGGCACGCCGCCGCCGCCGGUCUCGUGCUGGCGAUGAGCCACGACUACGUGCUGAUGACGUCUUCCAGGGGGGUGGCGUACAUGAGCGAGCUGGACAUAGGGAUGACACUCCCGGAUUAUUUCUCGGCCCUGAUACGGGCCAAGGUUGGCGCAGCGGCGGCGCGGCGGGAGCUGCUGCUGCGGGCGUCGAAGGUGGGGGCAAAGGCGGCGGCGGGGAUGGGGAUUGUGGACUCGGUGCACGAUAGCGCGGAGGAGGUGGAGGAGGCGGCGGUGCGACUGGCGGAGGAGUUGGGGAAGAGGCUGUGGAGUGGGGACGCGUACGCUGGGAUUAGGAAGUCUUUGUAUCCGGAGGUUUGUGACCUCUCGCGCCACCACUGUCUGUCGCCAGUCGUCGUCCGAGGCCGCGCCUGCACACUCUCCGCCACUGUAUUGCGCCCGCUGUCAUCACCACCAUACCCAACAAGAAUAACAUGGUGUUUUGAUAUUUUCCUUACCCACCAUAUUCUCCAAUCUAGUUUAGCGUGGAAAGUUGGUAGUUUAACCUAUCUUAGUAGAAAGCGCCACCGUGGAGAGCUUCUUUCUUCACCGCUUAGGUCAUCACCGACCGGCCGUCGCGCAGAUCCAAAUCUACCGCCGCUGCUCCCCAUCCCGGUUGCCGCGCCACUCAGCCCAUUCUCUGCGCAUCCUCAACCUGUCAGAGGCGGCUCCACAGCCCCGCCGUCGGUCCACCGCAGACCGUUAUCGGAGAUGGGCUUCGAUACUCCGGCAGAAACAAUCAAACUAGCACUUCCAGCACCUGCUUCAAUUAAGUCAUGUCCAGCGGUACCAUCUCCUCCGAUCACGCACAGUCACGUCGUAAAAUCGGGAACGCCCCGCAUUCAAGAACGUCGUCGGAAGUGGUCGUCUCGUUUCCGGCCACACUCUUCAUUCGCCGUGAAGUUUGGUUUUGAGGACUCAGGGCUAUGUAGCGACCAAGUGGCAAAUCUUGCACACGUGGCAGAAUUGCAAAAAUAA